ACCAUAGCAGCUGGGAGCAUUUUACCACGUGACGCGAGAGAUGUUAGAGAGCAGCCAUCAUCAUUUCACCUAAUUCAUGUCCAGCUUGAAAUGGUAAAAGCUCAGACCACAAGGAAACAGAAAACUACGAUGGAGUAAGUGAAGACCCUGAAGCCUUACCCCGUGUCGUCCACCUUGCUGUUUGACUGCCUCAAAAAGGUAGGCUUCCAAACAACACCUGGUCUGACCUUGGCUGUCUGCAUCGAGUGGCAGAGGAGCAGAAACCUGCCUCUGGGGUUGCAGGAGCACAGUGGAGGAGAGGGUCUGAGGCUGAUUACUCCCCCCAUAAGUCUUUGAGGAGGGGGGAGGAGGAGGAGGAGGCGGAGGAGGAGGGGGAAUAAGGAGCUGCUGUAACGACCCCGAGCAUGGGGCAAAAAGUCCCAGGUGGCAUCAAAACCAUUGAUAUGCGGGAUCCGGCAUUCAGCCCCCUGAAGCUGGAGCUACAGGCCCUGAGUCACACCAAGCCGUCUCGACUGGAUCUGCUGCUGGACAUGCCACCUGCCAGCCUGGAUGUCCAGGUCCAGCACUCAUGGAACAACGAUGACCGCUCCCUCAACAUCUUUGUCAAGGACGACAACAAGCUGGUGUUCCAUAGGCACCCUGUGGCGCAGAGCACGGACGCCAUCCGGGGCCGUGUUGGCUACACAAGGGGACUGCACGUGUGGGAGAUCAGCUGGGCCAUGCGUCAGAGGGGUACACAUGCUGUGGUCGGGGUGGCUACAGGCGACGCCCCGCUGCACUCUGUUGGCUACACAGCUUUGGUAGGAAGCAACGCUGAGUCCUGGGGCUGGGACCUGUGCAGGAGUAAACUCUACCAUGACGGCAAGAACCACCCAGGAAAAACCUAUCCAGCCUUCCUCGAGCCAGACGACACCUUCAUAAUACCAGACUCUCUCUUAGUAGUCUUGGACAUGGAUGAGGGGACUCUGGGUUACAUAGUGGACGGACAUUAUCUAGGGGUGGCGUUCAGAGGACUUAAGGGCAGGAAGCUGUACCCGGUGGUGAGCGCCGUGUGGGGACACUGUGAAAUACGAAUCCGGUACAUAAAUGGUCUCGAUCCUGAACCCCUCUCUCUGAUGGACCUGUGUAGGCGUUCGGUGAGGGUGGCAUUAGGAAGAGACCGUCUGAGUGAAAUCCAUAGACUGCCCCUGCCGGCCUCUCUCAAGAACUACCUGCUCUACCAAUGACGGUGCUGACAGUCAGAACACACACACACAGCACACCCUCGUCUCUUUCUCAUGUUUCUCUGGGAUCCUUCUUGGGUUGAACCCGUUUGACAGCAUUGCUCAAACCUCCAGGACUGACUCAGCCUCAUGAAUGAUUCAGCAAGUAUGCUUUUGUGUCGGUGGCUGGGCUCAUUGUUGAGUUUCUUAUCCUGUUUUUAUGACUCUUUGCAAUUGUAUCCUCUAACUUUAUAAAAUCAGGAAUCACUGAGCACUAUGCACAUGCUGAUCCAGACGAUGCCGUGACAGCCACCAUAUUGGUGUACCUCCUCUGGUAUGUAAGUUGAUGUGGCACAUGUAGUCAGUACCUCUGCUGCGACCCCCAGGCUUUAUCAUUAUGGAUUUCUAUCUUGUAGCCUUUUAAAUUUAAAUGUGAUUGUCCGAAAACAAAGUUGUGUGAUGGAAAUUGAACGUGGUGCAGAAGUGCACUGUCAGUAUCUGACCACAAGGUGGCAUCACAUACACACGUCAACUUGUACCUCUUCUCAUGAGAGUUAUAACCUCAAAUCCUAAUUGCUUUUAGAAAAUUUGGUUUUAAAAUUAAAAAAAUUAAAAUUAAAAAAAGUUGUUCACAAAACACAGAAAGGAGAUGCUGACCACUCCAUUGAGAGUCUAUGGUGCAGUGUGGAUGAAUGCACUCUGAGGCAGCUGAAGAGCAGCUCCCACCACUCACUGCACUAUCAGGUUUCUCUGUGAUUGUGGAUGUGCCCCAUUGCUUACCAUCAGGCAUCUGACAAGAACAUCAUCAGCAGAAAUUUUAGCGGAAGGAUAAUGUCACUGUGAUUAUUUGUAGCAUGCAUCUGCAGGAAAUUCUUCUCAAUACAGUCACAGUGUCUUUGUUUUUUGUUUUUUUUUAAAUAAAUUCUGUCACUCCUGCCUUUUUGUAGUUCAGUAGUUUUCAACCACAUCCUGUUGAGGCCCAAGAGUAAUGUUUUUAUUAAGUCAAUCAGUCUCAUUGGCUGAUUUCACCCGUUGGCACAUGUUAAACCAGUGAAACAGCUCCUGUAGUGUCAUGGUUAGUUGUAAUGAAAACCUGCCACUCUUGGGUCUCACUGCCACAUAGCUGAGAACCAUUGAUGUAGUGUUUGUGUUUUAUGAGAUGCAAGGGAGGGGAUGGGUAGAAACAGACCAUGUAGGUGAACUGGGUUGUGCCUAAAUUGGCAAACUUUAGAUUUAAGGCAACAUAAAUGACAAAAAAAGACAAUCUAGAAAGUGCUGCACAAAUGUAAUAAAAGAAGGUCAGGUUGCCAACAUAUUGUCAAAUGCCAUAUCAUAGACCCAUUGACUCUGGUAUUUUUUAAGUGUGCAGACAUGGUACACGUUUAGCACUCAGCUGGAUGUGGACACACGGUGCCACACCUUACUUUUCCUUGCUCGCAGCUUCCAUUUUAUUUGUAUUCCUUGUUGUAGAUUUGUUUGUAAGUAUCUAUUAAAGAUUAUUUCAAAUUA